AUGCAGCCUGUCACAUUCAGAGAUGGCGAUAAUCUUGAUGACAUCAUCAACCGGCCCUCUUCUUCCAGUACCAUGCUCACUGAAUAUUUCAAGAUGAACCUGGUGGAUCCUUUUGCGAGGAACUUCUUGUACAAAGAGUUCCCAGAAUUCUACCGGUGGAUCAAGGGUGAGAAGAAGUGGCAGAAAAGAAAAUUAAUGGGGCGGGGGCAGAUUGGAAGAAUUGUCUAUGCGCAUCCUGCUGAAGGUGAGAGGUACUUCCUUAGAGUGCUCAUGAAUCAUGUGAGAGGUGCAACAUCAUUUCAGGAUUUGAAAAGUGUAAAUGGCAGGCCUUGCAUGACUUUCAGAGAAUCAUGUGAGCGAAGAGGUCUCAUAGAGACCGACAAGUCAAUUGAUGAUUGCUUGACCGAGGCAGCUACUUUCCAAAUGCCGUAUGCUCUAAGAAGGCUUUUUGCAACUAUUCUGGUGUUCUGCGAGGUCACCCAAAUCCGAUCACUGUGGGAGAAGCACCUUGAGUCAAUGUCUGAGGACUAUCGUCGUAACCAGCCCAACCAGGCCGCACUAGAGCAGAUGGUCCUUAGAGACAUUAGGGAUCUGGUGCAUUCCAUGGGAAAAGAUAUUAGCAGUUAUGGACUCCUGGAUUUGGAUCUGGUGGAUGAUGAGUGUUCGAAUGGAGAUUCCAGAGAGGUACAAGAGGAGUUGUCGGUUACUUUUGACAAAGAAGACAGAAACAUGUUUACAUCUCUUAACAAAGAGCAGCGUGCUGGUUUUGAUGAAAUCCUCUCUCAUGUUCUCAACAAAAGGAGCCAGAUUUUCUUUGUUGAUGGUCCUGGUGGCACAGGAAAGACAUAUCUAUACAAAGCACUCCUUGCAAAGGUCCGUUCCCUAGGUCAAAUAGCUAUUGCUAUAGCUACAUCUGGCAUAGCGGCAUCGAUCAUGCCUGGUGGGUGCACCGGUCAUUCCAGGUUUAAAAUUCCGAUUAGGCUCACAGACAGCAUCACAUGCAAUUUCACCAAGCAAAGUGGUACCGCAAAGCUGCUCCGUAGGGCAUCUUUAAUAAUCUGGGACGAAGUUGCCAUGACAAAGCGCCAAACUGUUGAGACGCUUGAUAGGUCCUUACAGGACAUCAUGGGAUCCGAUUUACCUUUUGGGGGGAAAGUCGUGGUGUUUGGAGGAGAUUUUAGGCAGGUCCUUCCCGUUGUAACACGUGGGACAAGAGCUCAAAUCACUGAUGCUACGCUACAGAGGUCUUAUUUAUGGGAUAAGAUUAGAAAGAUACGCCUCACGCGCAAUAUGAGGGCACAGACCGAUCAGUGGUUCUCCGAGUACCUACUGAGAAUAGGCAAUGGAACAGAAGAGACAAUCGGUGGUGACUAUUUGCGUCUUCCGGAUGACAUAGUUAUUCCUUUCACUCCUACCGACGAACCAGUUAACAAGCUUAUUGAAGAUGUGUUCCCAUCGCUUCAUGAGAACGCCACAUGUGGACCCUACAUGAGUGCACGUGCCAUUCUUUCAACGAUCAUGAGAACGCCACAUGUGGACCCUACAUGA